AUGAGCCUCCAAAGUCUUCCAGCAGAGGUUACCCUCCAAAUCUUCCGACUGUUGGAUAACAUCGACGAUGCGCUCCGUCUGGGGCGUUCCUGUCGUCAGCUGUAUCGUAUCCUAAAUCGCCCAGGUCAUCGGCACACGAUAAUGAAGUCGAUUAUUGUAGGCUCAAAGUAUCACAAACACGACCUUCAGCUCUCCCAACUGACGCAAUUCCAUGCGAAAUGCACGGAAAUCUACGCGACACAAUCGCGGCUCCCAAUGUCCUGCCGACCAGACACGGGCAUGGUCAAAUCGUUUCAUGAACCGUCGACAAAGCUCCUCGCGUCGCCACUGGUCGUGGCGGAGAUCGUCACCAGGUGGCAUGCAAUGAAGGUAUUGUUUGAUCUCUAUUGCAAAGAGUCCGUCCGCUCGUCGUAUCUGGCGGACUGGGAGACAUCAUGGAACUGCUCUCCAGAAACCGCCGGAGAAAAUGAAACCGCCGGCCCAUUUGCUAACGGUAUUUGCAAUUCUUAUGCGCAACUUCCGCCGCAAGAGAAGCAGCGGGCGUACGAGCGAUUCUACCGUGCUCUCACGGCCCAUUGGGUCGCCGUGGAGUUGACCUGGGUGAUCCGAGUCUCCAAGCACAAAACAGAGAGAGAGUUCGACCGGUGGGAAAGGAAAGUCUACGAUCGAUGGUCCAACAACCCAGAACGUUCCCUCGAGGAGAAACUGGACAUCUUUGAGGCUCUGGACUUUGUAUGGUACUUCCUAGUGAGCCGGAUAUUCGACCACUCCGUCCACUCGGGAACUGUUGCCGACUGGAUCGAGGUGGCACCAGAGUCUGCUACACCCCACGCUUUUUCUCCUCUCGAUCUAUACGUUUCGCACGCACGGGGCUUACGACAGCCCUCCCGGUUGCAACUAAAUUUUCACGAAGCGCUUGAAGAUGACUGCAUGGGUAUGUUUAUAGACGAUCUACGAUCUAUCAUCCGUCCACCUCAUGUGAUCGAACUUCUGCUACGAUUAGCCUGGGAUCCGAAAUCCCAGAGUGGCUUUGACCGGCCGCAAUAUGUGCGUAAGCUGGGGGUCUUGGACCAGACGUACCAGUGGCAACAAACAGAGGCCGACGGAUUUCGGACAUACCAUGUUAUCAUGUAUGACAUUGAUCUUUCGGAUAGAGAUAUCCUGUCGAGCCUGACAGCUACAGCAUUUCGCGUAAAGACCGAGGAAUCGUGGCACCUAACCACAUUGAAUGAUACCGACAGCACAAUCAACGAGAUGCAAUUGGAGUUAUUCAGGGAACAAUGGGAACGUUACAAAGAAAAUCCUUGGGAUACCGAGAUGAGAGGGCAGAUUUUCUUCCGCCAAGAGACACAGAUUCAACUAUUUGAGCGCAUAAUCGACCUUGAGGAGUAA